AGGAGAGCGGAGCGGCGAGCAGAGGCCCGCGCCGGCCCCCGGGGUAGGAAGAGGCGGAGGAACCUGCCGCUGCCGAGGCCGGCGGGGAGGGCGAGUCACCCGGCAACGAUUAACUGCUGAAGUACUGAUAGAGUUCUGCUAUUCUUCAAUGAGGAACUACAGGCUGAUCUUUUGCCAUAAUCUUAAACAACCAUAAAUGACAAAAGAAUGCUUGGUCAGUGAGGGCAGCUGGCGCAGAAAACACUUUUCAAACUCGGCUGUUUAAGUACUCUGAGAAAAGACAGCUUUGAUUUUUGGCUGCAAAAAGAUAUGAGGAAGAGCUCCUCCCCUUCCUUGAGUAACUGCAACUCUGUUCUUGCUAACAAAAUAUUUGGAAUUCCACUUGAUGAGCUGCAGCAAGAAGGGCAACCAGACAAUGAGGUUCCAUUCAUAGUCCGCCAUGUAGUGGACUAUAUUGAGGAACAUGGGGGUCUGGAACAAGAAGGACUUUUUCAAGUCAAUGGGAACGCUGAGACAGUGGAGUGGCUUCGGCAACGGUAUGAUAAUGGAGAAGAUGUGGACCUGGUUAAAGAAGCAGAUGUACCCUCAGCUAUCAGUCUUCUUAGAUUUUUUCUUCAGGAACUUCCAGAGCCAGUUAUCCCAGGCAGUUUGCACAUACAUUUGAUGCAACUUUCUCAAGAUUAUAAUAAUGAAGAUGAAUUUGGAAGAAAGUUGAGGUUCCUCUUGCAGCAGCUUCCACCUGUUAAUUACAGCUUGUUAAAGUUUCUGUGUAAAUUUUUAGCCAAUGUAGCAUCGCAUCAUGAAGAAAUUUGGUCAGCAAGUUCUUUGGCUGCAGUCUUUGGCCCAGAUGUUUUUCACAUUUACACAGAUGUGGAGGAUCUGAAGGAACAAGAAAUAGUUAGCAGAAUAAUGGCGGGACUUCUGGAGAACUACUAUGAAUUCUUUGAAAAUGAAGAGGAAGAUUUUUCAUCGACUAAUGAUUUAAGCUCAAUAACUGAGCAGAUAAAUGAUCUCUUGGAAGAGGAGGAAGAUAUAAAGCUUGAGCAGUCUGAAGAACUUCCAGAGGAUGGCACAGAAAAACCUGUUGAGCGGCCAGCUGUGGUGCAUCUAGAUGUGACAGGGAGCAUCUCGGAUUCCAGGAGCGUUACAGCAUCCACAAGUGCUCAUAUUUCUCCCAUAAGCAUCUUGCCAGCCUCUGCAGACAUUUUGGAACGAACAAUCAGAGCAGCUGUGGAACAGCACCUUUUCGACCUGCAGAGCAGCUUAGAUAAUGAUCUUAAACAAAUACAGCAACACAGACUGGGCUGUAACAAUGAUGCAAAAAGUCCCAGCGGGGAUGAGGAAGGAUCUAACAACCAGAAUGAUGUUAUUGAAAAUAAUGACGUUGGUAGCAGUGAGAACACGGGAGACUGCUCUGAAGUAUUGGUUAGCACAGAUUUAGGCAGCGAAGAUAUGAAACGUGAUACUGUAACUGAGGAGGAAGAAAGUGUUCAGGUACUGGCCCUUCCUUCUGCUGAAAAACUUGUGGUUUUCAUUCUUGAGGGCUUUUUUGUGGUCCACAAUUACAGAAAUAUUUUCAAUCUUUCUAAAUGUACUUUUUGCCAACAGCCUGCAGAUGUGUUAUUGAAACAAUGUGAUAAAGAUGCAGAUGUUGAUGGAGAAAAUAAUAGUGAAAGGCAAAAUAGUAUUUUGAUUGAUGGCAAUGAUAGAAUAUCUUCAGAAAUGUUUCUGGAUUCAAGUACCAAAGCUUGUGAUCUCAAUGCAAAUACUGAUGCAGAGGUGUCAGGGGAUGGUGACGUUUCUGUUCCUGAGGAAGCACUGAGUGUCCAAGUACCACGUUUAGAUCUGAAGAAUGCAUCUGAUGGAGACAAAUGGGAAGCGCCAUGCCCUAUCACUUUUCCCCUCAUUGAUUUCAAAACAAUGCAUCUGCAGAGAGAAGGGGAGGAUCCAUUUCCUGCUUUCAAAUCUUGGCAGGAAGACAGUGAAUCUGGAGAAGCUCAGCUUUCCCCACAGGCUGGCAGGAUGACCAAUCAUCCGUUGGAGGAGGACUGUCACCCGAUGUUGUCACACCGCAGUUUGGACUUUGGGCAAAGCCAGCGUUUCUUACAUGAUCCAGAAACAUUGGAUUCUUCAUCCAAAGCACUUUCUUUUGUUAGAACACGAAGAGCGUCCUUCAGCUCGAAAGAUGACAAAAGGGAAGACAAGACGCCUUAUCAGCUUGUCAAGAAACUACAGAAAAAAAUAAAGCAAUUUGAGGAACAGUUUGAGAAGGAGAAGAACAGUAAGCCCUCCUACAGUGAUAUUGCAGCCAAUCCAAAAGUUUUAAAAUGGAUGACUGACCUUACUAAAUUAAGAAAGCAAAUAAAAGAUGCGAAGCAGAAGAGCUCAGAUGGAGAAUUCAUACCUCAAACACGUCCACGAAGCAACACUCUACCAAAAAGCUUUGGUUCCUCUCUUGACCAAGAAGAAGAAGAAAAUGGAGAUGAGAUGCGGGUCGUGCAGAAGGAGAAGAAGCCCACCAAGGAAGCUACACUUGAACUCAUUUUGAAAAGAUUAAAGGAAAAACGAGUUGAGAGAUGUUUGCCAGAAGAUAUAAAAAAAAUGACAAAGGACCAUUUGGUAGAAGAGAAAACAUCUCUCCAGAAAAGUCUCCUGUAUUAUGAAAGUCAACAUGGACGACCGGUCACUAGAGAAGAAAGACAUAUUGUGAAGCCACUUUAUGACAGAUACAGACUUGUAAAACAAAUGUUAACUAGAGCAAGCAUUACUCCUAUUCUUGGUUCCCCAUCAACCAAGAGGCGGGGGCAGAUGUUACAGCCCAUCAUUGAAGGUGAAACUGCCCACUUUUUUGAAGAAAUUAAGGAAGAAGAGGAGGAAAGCGAUGGUUUGUCUGCAGACCUGAAUGAUAUCUUAAAGUCUGCUGUCCAGACACAGUCUGUUUUAAGCCCAGUUGAGAACUCGGAGUCCGAUGUCGAAGAUGGCCAAGAGAAACUGACCCGGGACCUUAGGCUGUCAAGCACCCGAGCUGCUUCUAUGCCUGAAUUAUUGGAGCAACUGUGGAAAGCCAGAGCUGAAAAGAAAAAGCUACGCAAGACAUUACGAGAAUUUGAAGAGGAGUUUUAUCAGCAGAAUGGAAGGAAUGUACAGAAAGAAGAUCGGGUUCCAAUGCUGGAUGAGUACAGGGAGUACAAGAAGAUCAAAGCCAAACUUAGGCUGUUAGAAGUCCUUAUCAGCAAACAAGAUUCUUCAAAAUCCAUUUAACUUAGGUUCCUCCAAACCACUGAACAACGUUUUGCUCAUACUACCCUGUACUUACUGAGUGCUUAUGUUCGUAUCUCACGCGCUGUUGAAAGAAUACAGUUUGCACUUUAUUGUGGUGCCACUCUAAGUUGUUUGAAGGGUAAGUGGGUUCUGCCUAGAGAGCAAAUGAGAUCGGUACGCUUGAGACUGCGCUAUCCAACUUUAGCAAACACAGUUUCCAUCCAUUUAUUUUGUACUGGAUGCAUCCACCUUCUAAAACAACCAUAGCAUUUUGUUCUUUGGCAUUUGAGAACUCCGAGCCUUUUAUUACCAAACUUUUGCAUUAUAGAAGAAAUUAUUUAUACUGUAAUGCUAUACUGAAGUACUCCUGUUGCCUAUUUUAUUGUAGGGGGGAGGGAGAAAAAGCAAAUUAAAAAUACAUCUCUCUUUUCCUGGGAGGUUUAAAAGCCAACCUGCAAUCCCUUCCAAAGAACUGCUGUGGAACAAGUUCAAUUUCUGGUAAUCUAAAUUGCAUCUAUAACCAUAAUAAUUAACAUCUAUGGGUUCUGCUUGUUAGUGGUCACAUUUCCAUCUGGAUAAAGAUGACAGUGGACAAAGGAGAAAGUGACCUUACUUAGUGUCUUUUAAAACUUGGGAAACUGAGAAGUUAUAUCACGUGCUGCCUACAGGACUUACAUUACUGUCAUAGGUCUUAUUGGUUCUUGUUUAUCAGCUAGUGGUGGCGUAGUGUUUUGUCUGAAUUGGAUACUGCAUCUCCUCUUUCAGCAGAUUUGAGGAACUUGAUGCACGUUACAGUGUAUGAGAAACGGGAUGUUGCUCAGACUUGUGUAGCUCCAGCUGGAAAGUGCUGGCUUAGGUCAGUUAAAAAGCCUCAGUACCUGAAAUGCAUGCGCUAUCAAGGGCUAAAAUCAGCGUGUUGAUGUGCACCACAGGGUGAACUGACAGCUUUGAGUGAAGAAAUUACUGCUGUUUAUCACGGUUUUGUUUUACAGUUGGAGAAUAAAUAUCUAAUCUUUACGAUAUAAGCAAAACAGUUUAUGGGCCUUGCAUGAUUUAGCUUCAGAGUUGAAACUAAAUAAUGUUUUGAGUAUCACAUCUGCUGUGCUGAGUGAUGAUUUAGCUAGCUUUAUGCUCUGCAGCAGCCCUCAGCAGCUGGUUUUGAUCUGGCAAAAUCUAAGUGUUAAUUUUAAUUGGUGCUUUCUCAGUUUUUUUUCUUCAGUGUAUCAGUUUGAUCGUGGCCAUGUUCUGCAUGCACCUACUCUCACUGCAUGUUUUUAUGGCUGGCUAAUGGCAACAUAGCUGUUAUUCACACUGCUUUAUGAAAGACCAAAAAUGAACUUUCUCCAAGUAAAAAGUGGCGAGCAUGUAACCUCAUAGACUUGCUAUUCUGUCAUGAAGCAUAUGAAAUAGAUUGAAAGUAGCAUUUUAGUGCUCAGGUUUCAUCUGUGUACUGUAGAAUACUUCCUGUUUUGUUUUAUUCUGCUUGUAGACAUGUAAUUUUGGAAUUGAGAAGAAAAGCACUAAAACUAUUGAGCACUGGUGGUAUGCCUUUUUUUGUAAUGGCAAAAUGGUGUGGGACCGUAGGGAAUUGUGAGGUUCAACUAAUCCUGAGACCAUUGAUCAACUUGAUUCAGUUUCACUGUGCAAUGUACACUUCAGUUCCUUUUCUAUCAGUCUGCAGACACGGGUGUAUCCAACAUUGAAACUAAUGUUACUGUAUAGCGUUGUACAUGAAUGUUUGUGUUUUAUAUACCACAUGCAGAAUGUCAAUAUGCACUAUUUAAAUGUUUUAAAUAAUAUAUUCCUCCUUUAUAAUGCUUAAAUCUAUAUGAUUCCAAUAUUUUUAUAAGUGAGUGAGUGACCAGACUGAUUCCAAUUCAGAAUUAACAGCUGCUUUGUGUUUGUUAUGCAGUGUUUGGCUGUUUAUUCAGUAUAGUAGAUAAGCAUGGCAACAGUUAUGCUAUGAGUGUGUUUUGUGCCAUCCUUGUUGAGCAAUAAAUAAAUGGUAGAAUUAGGCAUUUUGUGAUAUAACAGUUUUACUUUGGUAAAAGCAAAACCUAUAUAUCUAUAUGGAUAUAUAGAUAUGGAAUAUAUAUAUAACUAAACCAGAUGUAAUUGCAUUGCUAUGUCUGGUGCUCAUUGUAUAGACUUUUAUAAUAAAAAUACCUUAACCUUUAUUGUCAUA